GACAACGUCUGGUGGGAGUCCCACUUGGCGCGCAAAGGCAUCCCGCGCGUGUUCCUGGAGACGCAGCUUGGUGCGAAGACCGUGGCGGACCUGGCCUUCGGCGCCGGGGCGCUGACGAGCUCCGAGGACAAGACCGGAUUCCACCACUACCACUUCGAUCGCCAGGAUCCGCACAGCACCGCGGCGGCCCUGGACACGUGCACCGACGCCCUGGCGGCCCUUUGGGGUCCCUCGCUCUGGCCAGCACGGCCCAGGAGGGUUCGGGCGGCGCUGGUCGGCAAUGCAGCGUUGGAGGAGCUCAGCCGCCCAGUCGCACUUGUGAGUUGGUGGGAGGCGGACCACUACUACCUCUUCGCCUGCACCGGCCGAGCCUUGCAGCACUGGCGCCGGGACCUGCGACGCCAUGGCGGGCUCGAGGUUCAGUUGCACUACCUGCACGCCCUGUCGCCUCCAGCACCCGACCUCGAUGCGGAGCGCUCCGCAGAUUUUUCCUCCGAGCCCUUCGACCACGAGGCCUUCCUCCCCGCACCUCUCAGCUUCAAGGCCGCUGCAAACGAACUUCCUCACAGCGCCAUCCUCCAUGCGCCUCCGCAUGCUCCGGGUCGGCCCGCUGCGGGCAGCAGGCGCCCGCUGGUUGAUGUCGUGGAGUUCUGUGCGGCUUCCGCGCCUGCGCCGGCGAAAAGAGCACCGGAGCUUCCGCCAUGCGGGAACUUCCAGGCCUGGAUCCUGAAGGCGACCUGCUGGGGAGGAGGCGACCCGCGCGAUCGAACGGAGCUGAUCGGGGCAGACGGCUAUGCCGGCGUGGCAUGCUGGAGCCCUUCGCACAACUUCUGCUUCUCAGCAUUACUGCCGAGGAACCGCACCUGGCAGUUGCGCGGCCAGACCAUCGGCAACUGCUUCUCGAGCUCGGCGACCUUCUACCAUGCGAGGCACAUCUGUCAGGCGCUCAACGCCACGCUGCCGACGUCCCAGCAGAUCGUCGGCUGCUGCUCCAUCGGCUGCUACGGUCUGUCUCGCGUUUGGCUGAACUCCGAGGUGCCGGAGUGCUACCAGGAAUAUGACUCUCCUCCGCCAGUGCUGCCGUUUGCGCCGGAGGACGAGCCCAUCGGCGUCCCGACGAAGGUGCCCGACCGGCGAGCUCAAGAGGAGCUCGCCCGGGCUUUCCUUCGAAAGCAUGAAGAAGCGCGAAGCACCGAAAUCGAGUGGGAUCCCCCGCUGAAGGUGCGGGAAGAUGCAGGAAAAAAGACAUAA